UCCUGAUUCAAUACGUUGUAUCGCUCUUUCCAUAAUCCCAGCUGUCACCGCGAAACUUAACUUAGCCUAUAACAGAGUCAGUUUCGGUAAAUCUAAAUUUAACUAGACUGUUUUUUUCAACUUAAUGUUGGUCAACAACCCAUUUCAACGUCUUCGUGGUGGAAGACGCAAGCUAACGUUGCAUACAGUGAACUAACGUGGAAAUUGGGUCGAAGACGACUGACUUCUAAAAUAUCCCCGCAAUUUAUCACACGACAUACGGUGUAUGUGUUUGUGUCACGUCACAAACUACCCAGACAGCAGAGGAAACCAGCCCGACGUCGCCGCCAUGUUGGAGGAGGACAUGGAAGUGGCCAUCAAGGCGGUCGUGGUGGGAAAUGGAGCGGUUGGGAAGUCCAGUAUGAUCCAACGCUACUGCAAGGGCAUCUUCACUAAGGACUACAAAAAGACCAUUGGAGUGGACUUCCUGGAAAGGCAGAUACUCGUAAAUGACGAAGAGGUCCGACUAAUGCUGUGGGACACCGCUGGGCAGGAGGAGUUUGAUGCUAUUACUAAGGCCUACUACCGUGGUGCCCAAGCAUGCGUGCUAGUCUUCUCUACCACAGACAGGGAGUCGUUUCAGGCUAUUGACAGCUGGAGGGAGAAGGUGGAGGCAGAGGUUGGAGAUAUUCCCACAGUUCUAGUGCAGAACAAAAUUGACCUCCUGGAAGAGACCCUUAUAAAAAACGAGGAGGCAGAAGCUUUGGCUAAAAGACUCAAGCUGAGAUUUUAUCGAACUUCAGUAAAAGAGGACCUAAAUGUCAACGAGGUUUUUAAGUACUUAGCUGAGAAGUAUCUUCAGCGACUCAAACAGCAAACCGCAGAGGAAACGGAGGUACUCCAUACGGCAAGCAAUAAAAUAGGUGUUUUUAAUACCACAAGUAGUAAUGUUUGCAACCAGAGCUCCAGCAACGGAAGAGAAAUCAUCACUUUACGACCUAACAAACAAAGGACCAAGAAGAGUAAAAAUCCUUUUGGAAGCUGCACUCUACUCUAAAUAAAAUCCUUUAGCUUUAGUAACUGACAAUUGUUUCAAAUUGGUCGUUGUUGUAUUUUGUGGAGGUAGCCACAUUUAGAGACCAAAGCCCUAACAGACUGGGAAAUUCUACCCUAUACUACUUCAAUUACCUAAAGUUUAACCUGUAUCCUAAGUUAUUUCCCCAAAUUGAUGGUUGAAUUGUCUUUGAUUCAGCCUCAGAUCUCCUUCAAUGAUCUGCACACAAAACCUGUCCUUGUGGUUGCCUUAAGUAACAGCAACAGCUGCAGCUACAGUACAUGUAUGUUGCUUAGAUAUGACUUGAAACACAAUCCUCUUAUGAAAUAUAGGAGAACAAAUAUGUAAUAGCAAAGGUUGCACCCUUGCUCUGUGAAAACUCCUGUAUAUGAUUUUUACAGUCACCUACUCCUGUUUGACAUUAAAAUUGUGCAAUAUUUUUGCAUGCAUUGUAGAAGAUACAUAG